AUGCAUUCUUUCUUCCGGAGCCAGUUUCUCAAUUUCGAGACCAUCCGAAUUCUCGGUACGGCCGCCUACGGUGGUGCUGAGGUCGCUGAGGUCCUUGAAGCUGUAGGUCAAAUUCGAGAAAACGAUCCUGACAGUUGGCGAGCUGCUUGGUCGAGGCAGGCCGAGCUCGCAGAAAAAACAGCGGAAGAUGCUCGACUUGGCGGGCAUGGCAGAGCCGCUCGUCGAGCUUUCCUCCGAGCCUCCAACUACACACGCGCGAGCGCAUACAUGAUGGUUGGAGAUGGACUUGGGGAGUCGGAUCCGCGGACAUGUGGGAUACUGAGGAAGUCAGGCCAGCUUUUCAACGAGGCCCUCGCGCUGUUCGACCAUCCGGUCCGGCCCCUCGAGAUACCUUAUACCGAGGACACCUCGCUGCCCGCGUAUCUAUACCUCCCAGCCGCUUCAAAGAGGCUGCCAGGCGGGAAGACGCCUCUCAUCAUCAACUUCAUCGGGGCCGACUCGAUACAGGAGGAGAUAUUCUACAUGUUUCCCGCCGAAGGGCCGGAAUUAGGCUACGCCGUGCUCACAGUGGAAGGCCCUGGGCACGGCCUCAUGCUGCAUCAGCACGGCAUACCAAUGUGUCCAAAUUGGGAAGAGGUGGUAGGAAAGGCAGUAAUGGGCCACAUGUCGCAGUACGCCGAGCAGAACAAGGAUCUGGGGUUGGACAUGGACCGGGUAGUGGUUGCCGGAGCCUCGCUGGGCGCAUACUUUGCCCUCCGCACGGCGGCCGACCCCAGAUGCAAGGCCUGCGUCGCCGUGGACCCCAUCUACGAUCUGUGGGAGUUUGCGGCCAAGCGCUCGGGGCCUGCCAUCUGCCAUCUGUGGAAGCAGGGCUGGGUCCCCGACGGCGUCAUGAACACAGCCAUGUCUCUCAGCGUGCGGCUCUCCUGGGAAACGCGCUGGCAGAUCUACACGUCGGCCCGCUUCCUCGGUGCCCAGUCGCCAGUCGAGAUCCUCCGCGCAAUGCAAAAGUUCACCCUGGGCGGCGGCUAUCUCGACAAGGUAACCUGCCCCGUGCUGGUGACGGGCGGCGCGGACGCGCUCUACACGGAUGCGCAGAGCGACACGGCGCUGAUCUUUGACCAGCUGAGCAACGCAUCGCACAAGGAGCUUUGGGUUGGCCCGACCCCUGGGCAAGGCAGCCUGCAAGCCAAGAUGGGCGCUCUGCCGUACUGCAACCAACGAGUGUUUGCCUUCCUCGAUGGGCGUUUCGGUGUCUCGCGAGGAUGA